AGAGAGCGCCUUUUUAACCUGCUGUUUUGUUGGAUAAUCGAAGAAGAACAUGCAUUACGCGUCGAGAGAAGAAGAAAACAACAAUAUGGCGUCUUCGGUUGCUAGGCUACAGAAGCGUUUGUGUACUUUUGUAGCAAGCAAGAGCUAAUUAAGACUGGGAGCUGCUUGUUUGUUUGUUUUUUUUUUUGGACAUUUCAGUCCAAGGACGGCGGCGACUGGAAUUCCGUUGCGGAAAAUCAUUCAAAGCUCAUUGUUCGCUGAUGCUAGAGGGCUAACGUUAGCAUUUCUCCAUGGAGCGAGCCGACAGACGACUGUUGAAGAACCAACCGUUCGACGAAAGCGUUGAUGUCAGCGACUCGGCGGAGGAGACGAGCAUUCGCGUCCAGGCCGAGCUCGGGAGAAACAGGAGAGGUCGCGGCAUGAUGUCCAACCACAGCAGCGGCGACGAGAUGGACGAAGACCGAGAGCCCGUGAGGGCCAAAGAUCUGAUGGGAGGUCAGGCCGGGGUCAGUCCUAACGAGGAGGACGACGAGGACGAAGAAGAAGACGCCGACGAUUCGGAGGACGAUGAUGACGAGUCGACGAAGGACCCCGAGGGGAUGUACGACCCGGCUGACUACGACAACCUCCCCGUCAGCACUGAGAUCAAAGAGUUAUUUCAGUACAUCGUGCGGUACUGCCCUGAGUCCAUCGAGCUAGAAUACAGCCUGAGACCCUUCAUCCCGGAUUACAUCCCUGCCGUGGGCGACAUCGACGCCUUUCUAAAGGUCCCGAGGCCGGACAACAAACCGGACGGGCUCGGCCUUCUGGUUUUGGACGAGCCCAGCAUCAAACAGUCCGACCCCACGCUGUUGUCGUUGUGGUUUUCCGAGGAAACCAAGCAGCACGCCACCAGCGAGCUCAAGGUGACCAGCGUCUCCAGUCCCCAGUCCAAUCCACGCGCCGUGGACAGCUGGGUGGAGAGCAUCGGCGCCCUGCACCGCUCCAAGGCGGCGGCUAGCGUGCAGUACGCGCGCGCCAUGCCCGACAUCGACGCCCUCAUGCAGGAGUGGCCGCCAGAGGUGGAGGAAACCCUCGGUCGCGUUCAGCUGCCCCCCGCCCGUCUCUCCUGCAGCCUGCCGCAGUACUGCGAUAUCGUCUGCGCCCUGCUGGACGUCCCCGUGUACUGCAGCCGUAUCCAAGCUCUGCACUUGCUUUUUAGUCUUUUCCUGGAGUUCAGAGACUCGCAGCACUUUGCGCGCACCUGACCGCAAUUUAAAAUACAGGUAGUCCCCGGGUUACUCGAUCCAAUUUCGACUUUACCACGCCUGUGUCUCGUCGUUUUUUUUUGUUUUUGUUUUUUUAAAAAAAUGACUUUUGUUUUGUGAUGCACGCUUUUAUUUUGGCGCAGGAAGCAUAGAGCAGGUUGUACUUCCGCACGCAAGUAUGGGGCGCCAUUUGUAUUUUAUGGGUGAAACACGGUAAUAUAACAAGGGUCGCGAUGCAGAAAUUGCAUUAAUGAAGGAGUGGUCGAGGUUUUCUUUUGCAUAUAUUUACCCUCAUAAACGUUUUUUUUCAAUAUUUCUUUGUUUGGAUCGAUUAUUUAUCAUCUAAUAUAUUAUGGAAAAUGCGACAGUAACACAAAAAAUACAAUUGUGAUAGUUAUGAGGUAGGUAUCCGUGACUUUUUUACAGACGCUAAUUCUUUUCAUUGUGACGUAAUUUGUUUAAAAGUUUAAAAUAUGCGAGUGAAUAAUUUUUAAAAGUCGUUUUUUUUAAAACUAAAUAUUAGACAUCAAUUAAUGAUUCUAAGAAUAAAGUUAGACAUUUCGAAUAAUAAAUACGAUUACUUAGCGGUAGCGCGACGUCUGUAAACGGGGGUUUCCAGGGUAAAACAGACAAAUUAAAAAUAAUUCAGGACUCAAGAUGCCUCAAGAAUCUGCUAUGGCAGCAUUUAGACAUCUUGUUCUAUUAAACACAACAGUUCUUUUGGCUUAAAACACAGCAAUUUAUUUUAAAGAGGAGUGCAAGAGCAGAAAUUGCUUUUUCAGCCUUGUCUGUGUUUUCCGCCAUAUGUAUUUGUAAAUAAUAAUUAUUAGUCUUGAAUGUCUAAAUCCAGAACUAGAUAUUUAAAUUUAAAUCUUAAAUAUACAUGUUAAACUUAAAUAUAAAUCUUAAAUUUAUACCCCAAAUCUAAAUAUUAAAUAUAAAUCUUAAAUAAAAAUCCUAAAUCUAAAUCUUGAAUCUAAAUGUUCAACAUAAAUCUCAAAUAUAUAUCUGAACCCUUUAAAGCCUGCAACAUGAGGCAAUUGUCAGAGAAUCCCAAAAUUUAAAAAAAUAAGGUCCUAAUGGUACUUUUUUCAAAUUUGUAAAAAAAGAAAAAUCAAAAUGAUUAAUAAGUGCUCUGAUAUCUACUAUAACCCUUGCUAAAUCCAGAUUUUUUUUUUUCUCAUGGAACCUGCAGAUGCAUCUGUUGACUUG